AUGUCGCUUACAAAUGAUGCAAGGAAAGGAUUUCAUGACGAAACAGUAAAUUACCUAGAAUGGUUGAAACAAAAUAAUUAUGACAUUAGUGACAAGGUUGCAAUCCACGAUUACACAUCUGUCAAACAAGGACGGGGUGUGAUCGCAUUGGCGAAUAUUGAUAAAGAUGAAAUCAUUGCUACUAUACCUAAACUGGCGUUAUUGAAUGUCACUCAAAACUCACUUGUUGCAAAGUACCCCGAGUUGAAAUAUGGACUUUUACACUUGAACCAUUGGGAAGCUCUAAUUAUCAUCCUAUUGUAUGAGUUGCAAAACAGAGAACAAAGUAAAUGGAAAAGUUACUUAAACGUACUUCCAACGUCAAACUUUGAUCAAUUGAUGUUUUGGAGCUCAAACGAGUUAAAUCAACUACAACCAUCCUGCAUCUUGGAACGUGUUGGUAAAGACCAAGCCGACAAAAUGUUUGAUCGUAUAAUGAAAAUUAUUCACAAAUUGGGUAUUACUGAUCUCGAAGGAGUUACUCUGGAACAAUACAAUGUAGUGGCCACGCUCAUUAUGUCAUACUCCUUUGAUGUGGAAAUAACAGAACAAGAAGAAGAGAAAUUGGAGGAAUUUGCUGCAAAAGAAAGGCGAAAUCAACCAAGAACAGCCGUAGAUGAAGACAAAGAAGAAAAGGAAAAUGAAAGCGAAUUUGAAGAAUCUACUGGAGAAAAAGAGACGACUGAAAAUGGAGAUGAUAAUGCUGAAGUUAGUGCUAAUGCCAAUGCAAGUGCUGCAGAACAGCAGGAGCAGCAAGAAGAAAUUAUAGAUAGAGAUAUUGAGGAUCUAAAAGAUAUUGAAGAGAGACAAGAGAUUGCAAUUAUUAUUGAUGGUUACCUCAAGUCUAUGGUGCCGUUUGCAGAUACAUUGAACGCAGACACAAAUUACAACAAUGCCAUUGUAACCGAUGCAAAUGAAAACCUCGUUAUUAAAGCAAUUGAACCUAUCCAAAAAGGCGAGCAAAUCUACAAUACAUACUCUGAGCAUCCAAAUAGUGAGAUCUUACGGAGGUAUGGGUACGUUGAGCUCCAAGGCUCAAAACAUGAUUUUGGAGAAAUCCCGCUUUCAAUCAUUAAGCAAUUUUUCUUGGAGAAAUACAACGUUGAAGAAGACUACCUUGAGUCAUUAUUGAGAUUGAUAGCUGAAAUUUCGCUACAGGAACAAUCGGAUGAGCAUUCUGAGGAUGGAGUAUUUGAAGUUGUGAUUGAUUCAUAUGACUGCUUUAGAAGUGGAGAAGUCAUUGUAGAACUUAUUUUUUUGAUUCAACUUCUCACAACAUUUUUGAUGCUCAACGAAACAGUUGAUUUCUAUUCCGUGAGACGAAUAUAUCUCAAGUGCUAUCAAUUAAUCGAGUCAAAGAAAGUUACAAAAGAUUUUAUGACAAACUUUGACGCAAUUUUUGAAGUCCGAAUGGACCAAUAUCCAAACUAUGCUGCUGAGCCAUUCAAUCGCGAUAUAUCUAACUUAAGCCGUGAAUUAAUGGCUGAGGUUGUAUUAAAGUCAGAGUAUCAAUCACUUAAAGCUUGCAGAGAAGAUGUCACAACAACAUUGGAGAAGACCUUGGGUGAAAAGAUAAAGAUAAUUGCUGACGAUAAAUUUCUUCGAGCUCUUCAAAAGAAACGACCAGCAACUGAUGCAGAAGAAGAGAAAAACAAGAAAAAGCAAGUUAGAAAGAGAUAA